CGUCCAGACAGUACGGCCCAGUUGCAGUUGUGCAAAGUCUGCUCUCCGUCUCUACUCUCCAUCACUUCGCGUCAGCAACAGGCAAACGACACCUCUUGUUCUUCUUACGCCCAAACUAUGACCCUCUUUAUGAUGAUUCAAGCCCAGCCAGCUACCACCGGAGCCAGUGAGGCCGUAGUUUCCUGUAUGCGUAGUGAAGAUAGUCUGGUCUGCAUAGCUUUGCCCUAA